CUAGCGCACGAGAUAACAACACGAAUUUUUUCCUGCUCUUGUUCUUCUACUCGUUGUCGUUGAUUUUUUUCACUUAUUCCCCCUACAACUCGUACAAAUUUUCAUUGAAAAUUAAAUCGGAAGCUUCCAUGUCUCGCUCGCGAUAAUAUUUCGGAUCAAACGAAAAUAUCGAUUCGUUCUAAAUUGUUGCGAAAUCAUUUCGUCGCGAUCGCGAAUACGAACGAAAACGCGACAAACUUCGUAUUUAUGUAAAUAGCUAAUUAAUCGUUUGUUUAGUCGUAAAUUCUCUUCCAUCCGUAGGUCUGAAAUUAACGAAGAAAUAAUUCCUUUUUUAACGCUGAAAUCGAGAGAAUCGAAUCGCAUAACCCUAGAUUAAACAUCCGUGUCAAGUACGCGGUGCUAGAUAUACGGCACGGCUGAUGAAAAAAAAAAGAGAGAGCCGAUAUUGUUGCGAUCGUGAAAGAGGUCGAUUAAUCGCGCCAGCGUUGGGCCAUGUCUUCUUCGACCCGAGCCUUCUUUUUCUGUAAACACGACGAGCAAAGGAAACGCCUAAGGUGAUUAGCGUCGCCAUAAUUUCUGACAAAGUGACAAAGUGGCUGGAAAACGGUAAUUCGUACGCGCGAGUGAAAGGAAAUUGGGGUUGGUUGGAUGGUGCACAAAGUGCACAGGAUGGAGGAGGAACCCCCUGACGAGGAUAAAAAGGUCGAGGCGACGAUGCAGACCGUGAUCGCGGCGCUAAACACGUCGGACGAUGUCUGCGACAGUGGAACACGUGUUUCCGGUCAGGAAGAGUUCACGUGCUCCCUCUACAUCUCGCGUGCCGUCGGCGUAGGCCCGCAAGGCCAAGUGCAAGAAACGCAAGGUGGCGAAUUGGUGCGCUCAAAUCUAGAAGAAGUGAUCCGUGCAUCCGAUCCUUUGGCAGCAUGGCACGUGUCUGAAACACCUUGCGGUCUCAUCGCAGCGUUCGCGCGCGAAGCAGAUGCCGAGAAGCUCCUACAACGGGGAGAUUUGGCGCGAGUUUUUGAUGGACCAGUACAAGUGGCCCGAUUCUCAGCGAAGGACUCUCGCUACAGGCAAGCUGUUCUCUUGCGCGACGUACCCUGGGCCAUUCCGUUGCAGGAUAUAAACUCCGCGUUGUCGAAGCAGGGAAUCGCGACCGGAAGCGUCGAACGCUGGCGACAAUACAUCCGUGUAGAGGUACUCGACGCUGGACAUUACGAGCUGCUGUUACGUCAAGGCUUGGACUUUUUCGGCGCGGCUCGAUUUGGCGUGAUUCCGGAACGCUGGUGCCGUGGAGCGACCGGAAGCGUCGGUGGAUCGCUGCAAGCUGGCCCAGGAAUGGUCGGUAAUCUCCUCGAGUCGACGAAUCUUCAGACAGGGGACGGGGUUCUCCAAUGCUACCGAUGCCAGGGCUUCUGGCACAUGGCUGCCAACUGCAGACACUUGCCACGCUGCGUUCGCUGUGGAGAACCGCACAGCGUCGAGUUUUGUCCCCGGCCUCGCAAUAAUCCCAUUUGCUGUCACUGUUUCGGCCCCCAUCACGCUGGGUAUCGUCAGUGCCCAGUUCGCCAGCAACUUUCAAAUGCAACGCCUAUUAGCAUCACAUUGAGUACGACUCGAAUCGGAAACCAGUAUCCGGUGAACGCUGCUUCGAAGCCGAGUCCAUCGUCCCACGAGCAGCAGCCUUUAAAGUCCAGUCAGUCUUGAAACGAACGAAAAUUCCGUUCCUGCGUCGCGUACGUCAACUUUUAUCGCGGAACUUCGACCUUACUUAUGUAAAAAUUGUUCGCGUUACAGUUAUUCAGCGUGUACACGCUAUCGUCGAGCGAUAAAGUUUCGAAUUGCAACGUUAAAAAUUCUAGAACGAACGAAGAAGACUUUCGAGAGCGCGAAUCGUUGUCGAAAUUUACUUAUUUCGGUCCUGCUUUAUCUUUGAAACGAUACAAAUUCGGGGUAAUAAAUUAUUAUCUAUAUAUACAAUAGAAAAUAUUUUAAUUCGAACUCGUAUCAUUUAUAAACAUUUACUUCUUAGCAGUUUACCAAACAAUUUCAUAGAUAUAGUAGCUUAUUAUUUAUAAUACAAUACUUAUUCCUUGUGUCGUGCUUCGACUAUUUUCGUCGACACUCGUUACUAAAAGUUAUUAAAAGUUUCUAUUUUAUAAGCUAUAAGCUGUAAGCUCCUAUAAGCUCUGGUCUGGAAUAUAAUAUAUUAUAAACGAUGGGCCGCCUCGUGCAGGUGGCAGGUUGUUCACCCGCAAGGAUGGCUAAACGACAGGAUGGCGUACAGAUCCGUUGGAUGAAAGUUAAAAUAUUAUA